GGUCAAAUAGAAAUAAGUGAAAGGGAAGGAAGAUAACGUCGCUAAGUACGUAAGGGCGGGCUGUCCAUUACAGUAGUGUAGUAGUUUAGGAUAGCCUGUUCACUUGAAAACUGCGUCGGCCACGAUCUCAGUUUUGUGAAACUACUCUUGGUCUGUGUAACAUAACGGCGACCACAAAUUCAAAAUUCACAGGUUUUGCCGCUUUCGUGAGGUGUCGGAGUCCAUGUCAAAGAAAUCCUUCUUUAGGACACGAGAAAAGCAACAGUAACAUAUGCUGGUGUAUUAAAAAACGGCUUUUUCUACCGAAGUCUACGACAUGUCUGGUGAAGCGGAGGGAUUAUGGACGGGAGAAAUCGAAACAAGUUUUCAAGAGGCGCUCGCAAUCUACCCGCCGUGUGGAAGACAAAAGAUCAUGUUGUCAACCAAAGACAAGAUGUACGGUAGAAACGAGCUCAUUGCGAGAUAUAUACUUAUGAAAACUGGCAAAGUUCGAACUCGAAAACAAGUCGCCAGUCACAUUCAAGUUCUGGCUCGGAAAAAAAUCCGCCAGUUUCAGUCAAGGAUCAAAGAGAAGACAUACAUAAACGAUGGGUUACAAGAAAUGAUGACGAUGUCCUCCGCAGAGAUUCUGUCGCCUGUCGUACACCACGGAAGCGAAGGCUACGAAGCCCCGUCAUGUUCUGAUAUUCCGCCGGGUCUUCCGCCAGCGUUGUUACCGUGCUAUUCGACUCCGGGCCCGAGUCAACAUGGACAGUUAAUGGUGGAAAUUCCGCGAGCCCGUACUCCGCCGAAAUUGCAGUUCCCGCUGAUACCGAGGGAGCACAUACCAGGAAUACCCGAAUUUACGCCUCCUCGCACGCCUUCUCACAAACUGGAAACCAACUUCCGAGAGAGUACUUUUCAAAGCAGUUUGACUUGGGAAGUACCUGAUAUUACUCAGGAAUUAAGCUACAGGGAAACACAAGAAGAGCUCUCUCCAAAAUCUGGCAUCAGCGGGAGUCAUAGCAAUGGGAACAUGUGGCGUUCGAUCCCGGAAGUUAUCUACAGCACAAGAUGCAAAGAAGAGCCCGUUAUUUCAACGUGUGUCUUAGGCGUGUCAGCAUCGUCCACUUUGCCGGAGACGCCAACAUUCGAUGACUAUUUGGUGUACGACGCUGACCAAACUUGUCCAUCUAUUGACUUCUCGGACAUGUAAACAUUGGUAAUUAUGAAAAAAAGCAUUUUUAUUUCCUUUCGUCUAUCUUUUAUUUGAAAUAUUCUUGCUGUGUUAAGAUUACGUGUUAUUGUUUGCGUAACGAGUUCUUCAACGGGUUUGCUUCACUCGUUGCAGGACUUGAAAAAAAUCACUUUCCGUUUCGCCAACCUCUUCUUUUGUCUCACAACCUGUCGCAGAAAAGUUUCUCCGGUCGGGUGCUAUAACGUGAAAUUUUAAUUUUGUUAACUAUCAGACCAAAUUAAUGUUAAUUUUGUCUUCAUCAGUGGUGAAGAUAUGUUGCGAGGAAAAAAAUUUAAGGUUGGAACGGAAUUAGCCUUAAUCUAAUGUAAUUUUCACUUGUCAGAUCAAUUGUUUAGUUUCAACCAAAUUUGUUCCAUUUGAACUUUCCAUUCAUUACGAUAAUGAAUUUAUCAGAGCAAAACCAUCACGAGCUUUUAUCGAAGAAGAAAAAGCAAAAUUUAAGACACCUUUUCCCCUCUUUCAAUGAGAACUAAGCUUGGCUUCCGGUUAUUUUUCUUUUAUUUCCGUUUCUGUUUUUUUUUUCGUCCGCUGUUUUAAUGCCACCUGUUAUUCGCUUUAACGGUUGACACAUCAGAUACCCGUGUUCGAGGCAGGGUUUUCUUUCAUGUAUCUUGCUUAUUCAUUCUCCCAAAACAAAAACUACUCUUUACUCUUUUCAUAAGAUCCUUUGUCGGUCACGGUUCACUGUGUAUACUUGUCGCAGCUCACACUUCAACCGGGGCGGCGAUAAACCACCAGUUCUAUUCAAGCACCCUAAUUCUCGCUUGACAGAAGCACGCGCCACCUAGUGUCUUUAAGGCAAUUGUCCAAUCGUAUUCUUGAUACAAAAUGAAGAUUGAUGAGUUUUGGAUCCACCAAGUAAAACCAUGAAGUUUUCUACUUAUCAACUUGGGUUGCGCUAUAUAUAUAUCAAAGGCUAUAUAUAUAUCCAUAAGAACAAUUUCAGUUCAGUAGUCAUUUAUUUUAUUUACAACACCGUAGCGAUGGGAAAUACCAAGGCCUGUCUAUUGUCUGGAGCUACAAGGGCGUACUGAUACCGUGUAAACGCUAAGAAGGCUCAUGGCAGGCGGUUCGUUAGCUAAUUAGUCAAUUUUAGCCGUUGUUGUCACGGUAUACUGACUUUUUCUCCUGUCAACUUGCGCGAUCCUUAACAUCAUUUGAACCAGUUGGUUCCUUUAAGUUGCGGUUGAAAGAAACAACUUAGCUUUAUAGUGUUAUGAUAUGAGAUCAGGGAUAAUCAGUAACUGAACUGAGACCAACCUUGAAUUGCUUUACUUGGUUCAGUCAUGCAUUCUGUCAAUUUACUCAACAACCAACUCUCCUUGAAAAGCGUUCUCAAAGGUCCAGCCCGUGAUAGAUUUUCCUGAUCAGAUUCGCGAGGCAAAUAGAGGUAGAAAUACUAAGGGCUUACUUUUCAUGGAGGAGUUAUAGUAUCAUUGCAUUUGUGCCAGUGUAUAUCAAAUGCCGGUGUGAAUAUCAAAAUGUCGUGGUUUUAUCAAUAGGGACCUUAAGCACUCACGACGGCAAAGCCAAGGAAGGCUUCGAUUAAAAAAUGAAUUUCUACU